AAAAAAAAAAGAAAUAAAAUAUUAUAUAAUUUAAAUUAAUUAAUAUGUCGGAUAUUAUUAAUACAAUUAAUAAUAAUAAUUUUAAUACAGAAAAUAAAUUAAAGAAUUUAGAAAACGUAUUUCCUGAUCCUACCGAAGAUGUAUUUUGGCAAAAAGUUUCAAAUGUUAUAAACGAGAUUGAUGAGGAUCCAACGAAUGAUGUUGAUGCUAUAUGGAAUCCUCAUAAAAAAGAAUUAGAUAAUCAAAAACAGAAUGAUCAAGAAAAUAAUAAUUUUGUUAUAGCACCACCACCUCAUCAUCCUGUUACUAAUAAUUAUACUAGACAUUCACGUAAAAGUAGUAGAGUUUCAUGGGGAUUACAAACUGAUUCAGAACGUCAUAUUGAAUUAUUGGAGACAAAAUUGAAUGAAGUUAUUUCAGGUCAUAAAAGAACUCAUACAAGAUCUUCCACAAUGGAUUUUGAUGGCACACCAUUAUCAACUUUAGGAUAUUAUCCGGAGGAAGAGAUUGGAUCAGGAACAGUUUUUGAAGAUGAGGAAGAUAAUUAUUUACAUGCUGAUAAUCAUAAUCCGCAAGAAUCAGAUGAAGGAUUAUGGUUAUUAUGGAAAAAUCAAUCAAUCAGUGAUUUUCAAGGUGAUGAACAACAUAAUAAUACCUCCACAACAAUAAAUCAAUCAUGGUAUUUGCCUUUAUUAUCAAGAUCCAAUAACAACAAUGAUGAUUAUGAUAACAACAAUAAUGAUAACAAUAAUAAUAAUUUACCCAGAUUAACAAGAAUGAGAAGUGAAAAUUAUGUUGCUAAUUAUCGUGAUGUUCCAAAUGAAUUUCCAUUUUAUGAUGAAGAUGAAGAAGAUGGAUAUGAUUUAAAUGAUGAAAUAUUAUUAAGUAGAGCUAAAAGAAAGAAAGAAAAAGAGUAUUUAAAAUUUAAUGCAAGAAGUUAUGAGUGUUGUGGUUGUAAUACUACAAAUGGUUUAUGUGCUGGAUUGUGGGGAAGUUGGUGCUGUAAUUGGGUUUGUUUACCUACUAUUUUAUACAUAAGAGAAAAAUGCUGUUGUGGUGUUUGCGGUUUAGAAGAUGAUUAAAUGGUAACAAUAAAUUUCAUUUUUAUAUAUGUAUGUAUGUAUUUACAAAUAGAGUUGUCUCAUAAAACGUAAUUAAUGGAGUAUGGAUCAUAUAACAACUUUUAGUAUUAAUGAACUAUAUACGAAAAAAAAAAAAAAAAUGUAUUUAAAUAAUUUUAAUAAUUUAAAAGACCUUACAGUAAACGGUUAAACAUUUUAAUGAUAUUAUAUAUUUUAAAAACUAGAUAAAACCGGUUCGAUUAGAAUUUGAUGAUGGAAUUCCUUUCUGCUAUUUUACGUAUGAUUGAUUGCAUUUAAAUUAUAC